AUGAAUAAUGGUCAUCCUUUUAUUGUUUUAUUUUUGAUAAUAAUAAAUAAUAGAAACUAUUUUGUUUCAUCUCAAAAUAGCAGUACUGAAUUAAGUUCAUGUAUAUUUUAUACUGAUUCAAAUACAAAUAGAAUUGAUUUAUCACCAUUAAAAUCAAAAGCUUUUAAUUCUGGAAGUUACCCUAAUCAUAAUAAUAAUAAUCCAAAUAAUAAUAAUAAUAAUAAUAAUAAUAAUAAUAAUAAUAAUAAUAAUAAUAAUAAUAAUAAUAAUAAUAAUAAUAAUAAUAAUAAUAAUAAUAAUAAUAAUAAUAAUAAUAAUAAUAAUAAUAAUAAUAAUAAUAAUAAUAAUAAUAAUAAUAAUAAUAAUAAUAAUAAUGAUAAUAAUAAAAUAGGGUUUAUUUUAGUAUUUGUAGUGAAAAUAGUUGAUUACUUUUCAAUAGGUAAUUUAAAUGAAGCAAGCUUUGAAACUGAUUACAUAUUCAAUGGUAAACAAUAUGAAUUGGUAAUCUUUUACAAUUCAUCAUAUGAUCAUUGUACAAGUCAAUAUCUAUUCUCAUGUUCAAAUGAUUAUCAACAUAAAUAUUCAAUUGAUCAACCAGAUAGCAAUGUUUGUAAUAUUCAAUUUUAUUUCGAGUCAAUUUAUGCUUGUAAAAAAAAGAAUAAUUUAAUUGCAACUAUAACAUCAGUUAGUUCAAUAUUACCUUCUAUAUCAAGAUCUACUAAUAGUAGUAACAACAACACAAUAACAAUAAAAGGAGAAAAUUUUGUUAGUCUAGGUAAUAUUCAAAUUCAAAUUACACCAAGUAUUUCAAUUAAUUGUACAGAUAUUUUAGAGAUUGAAAGUGGUAUUGAAUAUACAUGUAAUUUAGAUAUUGAUGAAAUGGUAAUUAAUAGUUUAGUUGAUGGUCAAUUUUAUACCCUGACAUUAGAAAAUAAUGGAUUCAUUGUAUAUUAUUCAAAUUAUUCAUUCUUACCAUCUUGGUUAGUUUGUCCGAAUGAUUGUAGUGGUUUUGGUUAUUGUAAUCAUUUAUUUAAUUGUGUAUGUGAUUAUGGUCAUACAUCAUAUGACUGCUCAAUAAAUGUAAAUGGUUUCACUACAAAUUCAAUACCGAAACAGUUAUCGCUAAAUUCAUUUGAAAUGAUGUCAACAACAACUACAACUACCACAGAUACAACUACGACAACCACAACAACAUCUUCAAAUUAUUUACAUGGAUUUUCAAUUGAAUUUUCAUAUAUUAGAGAAGUUAAUCCAUUUGGUAUAGUUCAAAGAGUAUUACCUAUUAAUACUUUAUCAAUUAAUGAUUAUAUUAAUAAUAGUACAGGAUUUUACUUUUCAGGUAGUUCUUCAUUACCAAAUUUUAUAAACGGUGAUUUAAAUACUCAAGGUUUAUUUUAUAUAAAUAAUGAUAAUCAAUAUAGUAUUGUAAAUAAUAGUUUUUUUAAUUUCCCUAUUAUAUCUACUUCCUCAUCUUCUUCUUCUUCAUCUUCUUCUUCUUCAUCUUCUUCUUCUUCACCUUUAUAUACCCAAUUACCAAUUUCAAAUAAUUCAGUUAUAAUUUUAAUAAAUGUAAAUAAUAUUCAAUAUCAAUCACCAGAAAAUACCUUUGAUUUCAUAUUCUCGAUAAAUUCAGUAAUUAAAAAUGAUAGCAUAAUAUCAAAAGAAUCUUUUAAUGAAGCAUUGGUUUUUAGUGACAUUGAUGAAACUUCACUACUAGUUUUAAAUCCAUCUUUUAGAUUUUUAGAUACAUCUAUUAAUGAUAUUACGAGUGGUAUUGUAUAUUCUAAAGUUUUAUCACAAUCUGACGCUAGUUCACUACCAAUUUAUAUUCCAAGUUCAACAUAUUUUACUAUCUCAAUAAACGCAAAAAAUGGAUCCUUUGAGUUUGCAUCUGCCUUUAAUUUAUUUAACAAUCCAUCCCCCACCCCUACUCCCACUCAAACAUUAAAUCCAACUCAAACUCCAUCUUCAACUCCAACUUCAUCUCCAACAUCAUUACCAACAUCAACUCCAACUCAAACCCCAACAUCAUCACCAACUCCGACUUCAUCUCCAACUCAAACCCCAACAUCAUCACCAACUCCAACUUCAUCUCCAACUUCAUCACCAACAUCAUCACCAACUCCGACUCCAACUCAAACUCAAACUCAAACACUAAAUCCGAACCCAACAACAUCACCAUCAAUUAUGCCCACCCCAACAUAUACUUCGAGUGAAAUUUCAUCACAUGAAAUACCAAAGAAAGAAAUCGUAAUUCUUUCAACAUCUGCCUUUGGAAUAAUAUGCAUAGUUUUACUUUUAGUAUUUUUAAUUUUUAAAAGAAAGAGAAGUAAACCAAAUAACUUCAUAAAAGAUUAUGGAGAAGCUGGGCCAUUAUUAGAUGAGGGAUCAAAUGGUAUUGUUGAUGACAAUGCUGUUGAGGAAGGAGGAUUAAUUAUUAAUUAA